CCCCUCCCUCUCCCCCCUCUCCCCCUCUCUCUCCCUGGGUGUUUUUUUUCCCCCUUCCCCUCCUUUUUCCCCUGCCCUCUCCUCACUCCCUGGCGCUCUCUCGCUCUAGCUCUCUCUCUCUCGCGCUCGCUCGCUCUCGCUCUCACCCUCGCUCUGCGUUCUGUCCGGGAGGAGUACCCAGAAGCCAAUAGGAUGCGGGGUCUCUAAUGGAUGCAAAUGAUGGAGAAAAGACGGGGCAAAAUAUGAAACAACUCAUUUGGAGGGAAGUAAAUCACCGAAAACUGUUUAUGAACUGGCAUCCCUUCUUCGAAAUGUAAAGCGAGGACCUCUUUAAGUGGCGGUAUAUUUUUGUUUGGGGGGUGGGGGGUGGGGGGAGGGCGAGCGAGCCGCGGCUGCCAUGCAGGCUUAGACUUUUGCAGGCUUCGCUCUUCUAUUCCUGGAAAUCACAAAAAGUGUAGCGGCUUCGAGAUCUUCUUCGCCUUUUCUUUCUUUUCCUUCCUUCCUUCUCUCUUUCCCCCCCCUCCUCCUCCCUUUUCCUCUCCUUUCCAGGCGAGGGUGACUAGGAGCGGGCGAAUCCGCGUUUUUUUUCCUCUCUCUCUCUCUCUCUCUCUCUCUCUCUCUCUCUCUCUCUCUCUCUCUCUCUCCCUCCCUUUCCCCCUCCCCACCCCCUCCCCAACAGCCCCCAACUACAGCCUGCGCCGCCGCCGCCGCCUCAAAAUUCAAUAAAAUGAGCUCUUAUUUCGUCAACUCACUGUUCUCCAAAUACAAAACCGGGGAGUCCCUGCGCCCCAAUUACUAUGACUGCGGCUUCGCCCAGGACCUGGGCGGCCGACCCACCGUGGUGUACGGUCCCAGCAGCGGCGGCAGCUUCCAGCACCCGUCGCAAAUCCAGGAGUUCUACCACGGGCCAUCGUCGCUGUCCACGGCUCCCUACCAGCAGAACCCGUGUGCCGUGGCGUGCCACGGGGACCCCGGCAACUUCUACGGCUACGACCCGCUGCAGCGCCAGAGCCUGUUCGGUGCGCAGGAUCCAGACCUGGUGCAGUACGCAGACUGCAAGCUCGCGGCCGCCAGCGGCCUGGGCGAGGAGGCCGAGGGGUCUGAGCAGAGCCCGUCGCCCACACAGCUCUUUCCCUGGAUGCGCCCUCAAGCAGCCGCCGGACGCAGGCGAGGCCGCCAGACCUACAGCCGCUACCAGACCCUGGAGCUGGAGAAGGAGUUCCUAUUUAAUCCCUAUCUGACUCGCAAGCGGAGGAUCGAGGUAUCGCACGCGCUGGGACUAACAGAGAGACAGGUCAAAAUCUGGUUCCAGAACCGGAGGAUGAAGUGGAAAAAAGAGAAUAACAAAGACAAGUUCCCCAGCAGUAAGUGCGAGCAGGAGGAGCUGGAGAAAGAGAAGCUGGAGCGGGCGCCAGAGACCGCCGCCGAGCAGGGCGAUGCGCAGAAGGCCGACAAGAAGUAGGCUCCAGCUGGGACUGCUUGGGCCGGGGCUUGCCCGCACGUCCGCCGGUCCCUCCCGCGACCACGCCGCCGCCGCCGCCGCC